AAGAUUGUUUGUAUGGUUUAAAACUCUAACUAUUAUCACUGAAAUUUAUUUAAAUUAUGUUUUUGAUUAUUUUUGUCCUUCACAAACAGAUAAAUAUUCUAGAACGUAGUAGUGUUUUCUUUGACUGUAAAACGGAAGAUAGUUGAACCUUCAGCUAACAAAUGGAAAUUGCGUAAGCUUCGCUGCAGGAGGAAUAUAUUUUUUGGUUUGAAGUCGUGAAGAAAUUGUGAUUUGUACUGUGAAAUUGUAUAUUUCAAUAAUGUGGUCUGUCACGAAGUUAAUUAGUCGCAAGACUUUUGAUUACACGUGUUUAACAAGUGAUAUAUGUUCGAAACAACAGUUCAGCACUUUCUUACGGAAGAAUGGGUUUCCUGCAGUGUGUUUGGGACACCAAAAUUGUCAUCAGGCACGUUACAAGUCUGAAGGAGUCAAGGGUGCAGUCAUCGGCAUCGACCUUGGUACGACCAACUCUUGCGUUGCCGUCAUGGAAGGCAAGCAGGCAAAAGUUAUAGAGAAUGCAGAAGGCUCCCGAACUACACCUUCGGUUGUUGCUUUUACAAAAGAUGGCGAGAGGUUGGUUGGAAUGCCUGCAAAACGGCAGGCUGUUACUAAUUCUGCAAAUACAUUUUACGCAACCAAACGUCUCAUAGGGAGGAAGUUUACGGAUCCUGAAGUGAAGAAGGACAUGCAAACUGUAUCAUACAAGAUAGUGAAAGCAUCCAAUGGCGAUGCAUGGGUGCAGGGUUCAGAUGGCAAGAUGUAUUCUCCUAGCCAGAUUGGAGCAUUUGUGUUGAUUAAAAUGAAGGAAACAGCAGAGAGCUACCUCAGCACACCAGUCAAAAAUGCAGUGGUCACGGUCCCAGCAUAUUUCAACGAUUCACAACGACAGGCAACCAAAGACGCAGGUCAGAUCGCCGGUCUGAACGUCUUGAGGGUGAUCAACGAGCCAACAGCUGCUGCUCUUGCAUAUGGCAUGGAUAAAACUGAAGAUAAAAUAAUCGCCGUGUAUGAUUUGGGAGGCGGUACCUUCGACAUCUCGAUAUUGGAAAUCCAGAAAGGAGUGUUUGAAGUGAAGUCAACAAAUGGUGAUACAUUCCUGGGAGGGGAGGACUUUGACAAUGCUCUUGUCAAUUAUCUUGUUGCAGAAUUCAAGAAAGAUCAAGGUAUUGAUGUCAUGAAGGAUCCAAUGGCCAUGCAGCGUUUAAAAGAAGCUGCAGAAAAGGCUAAGAUUGAGUUGUCUUCUUCGUUGCAAACAGAUGUUAGUCUGCCCUAUCUGACGAUGGAUUCCUCAGGACCAAAACACAUGAAUCUCAAGUUGUCGCGAGCGAAGUUCGAAAGCCUAGUGGGCGACCUGAUCAAGAGGACAGUGUCGCCGUGCCAGAAGGCCUUGCAGGAUGCGGAGGUGCCAAAGUCCGACAUCGGGGAGGUGCUGCUGGUUGGAGGCAUGACGAGGAUGCCCAAGGUGCAGUCGACGGUGCAGGAUAUCUUCGGGCGGCAGCCCAGCCGUGCGGUGAACCCGGACGAGGCGGUAGCGAUUGGGGCGGCGGUGCAGGGUGGCGUGCUGGCGGGAGAUGUGACGGACGUUCUGUUGCUAGACGUCACGCCCCUCUCUCUCGGCAUCGAGACACUGGGAGGCGUGUUCACUCGCCUCAUCACCAGGAACACUACCAUCCCCACCAAGAAGAGUCAGGUGUUCUCCACGGCGGCGGACGGGCAGACACAGGUGGAGAUCAAGGUCCACCAAGGGGAGCGCGAGAUGGCCUCUGACAACAAGUUGCUGGGGCAGUUCACGCUGGUGGGAAUCCCUCCUGCACCGAGGGGCGUCCCGCAGAUUGAGGUCACCUUCGACAUCGACGCCAACGGAAUUGUGCAUGUGUCUGCGAGGGACAAGGGCACCGGCAAGGAGCAGCAGAUUAUCAUCCAGUCGUCUGGAGGCCUGAGCAAGGAUGAAAUAGAGAACAUGGUGCGCAAGGCAGAGACGUAUGCCGCCCAGGACAAGGUGAAGAAGGAGCGGGUGGAGGCUGUGAACCAGGCAGAGGGAAUCGUCCAUGACACAGAGUCCAAGAUGAACGAGUACAAGGAUCAGCUGCCCAAAGACGAGUGUGAUAAACUAACUGAGCAGAUUACGCAAGUGCGGGAGAUGCUCUCGAAGAAGGAUGACAUGGAUCCUGAAGAAAUACGCAAACAAACAUCAUCUCUGCAACAAGCAUCUCUCAAGUUAUUUGAGAUGGCAUACAAAAAGAUGGCUGCUGAGCGCGAGGGUGGCUCAGAGGGCACGAGCAGCAGCACAGACGGCCAGACAAGCGAAGAGACUGAGAAGAAGAAAGAAGACAAGAACUGAAUGGGGUAGAUUUAGUUUUGUGAAAUCGUGAGUCAAAUGCGAGGACAAUAGGUUCCAUGCUUUCUGUAUUUUUGAACGUGUCGAUAAAUUCUAAAAAUGUACUGCAGCUAGAUGGCUGUAAGAGGUGCCCAAGUCAUAAGAGCUCAUGAGGCUCGACUCGAAAAAAUCUUGCAGAUCUUAAAAGUUGAUUUUUUUUUUUCUUCCAAAAACUGUCAUUGUGCACGGCAUGUUUGCACGUGACUUCCGCACACACAACCCAAGAAUGGAGUGUUUAUAGUAGACCGUCGAAGCACCACCGAUCAGGGCAUUGUGAGAAUAGUACCAAUAACCGUGUGCAGUGGACAGUUAAGUGAAUUGAAUGGUUAUUAGUGUGAAAGAGAAUGUAUCAGAACAUGUGAAUGACCUUGUUAGAAUUUUUUUUGUAUCUUUCUUUUUGUAUAUUGAACUUUUUGCCAUUGUACAGUUAGUUUUAGUGAUAUGUGAAUAAUACAUUUGUGGUCUUUAAAAUGUU